AUGCUAAGGCUGCAGUUUGCAGCUAGUAUAAGGACUCCGGAGGUGGCUGGGGCGGUUCGCGAGCUGAUCCACUCCACGCCGGCACCAGGUGAUUCCUGGGGAGUCAUCGACCCUCGCCCGACCCCGCGCCUGACGGACAACUGUAACACGACUCCGGAGGUGGCUGGGGCGGUUCGCGAGCUGAUCCACUCCACGCCGGCACCAGGUGAUUCCUGGGGAGUCAUCGACCCGCGCCCGACCCCGCGCCUGACGGACAACUGUAACAGGCGCCGACCGUUAGACGCGGCGAAAGCUGCGCAGGAUCGGCACUUGCCCCUCGCGGCGUCGAGAAGUGGCAAGUUUGGUAAGUCUAAGGCAGCUCAACCAGUAGUGGUUGAGCUAAAAGAGGGAGUCCAACCGGUAAGGAUUAGACAAUAUCCGAUUAAGUUAGAAGCUAGGAAAGGAGUAGCCCCCAUGAUUGCUCAAUUCUUAAUCCAAGGUAUUUUGCAAGAAUGUGAGUCAGAAUUUAAUACCCCAAUUUUUCCAGUACAAAAACCUAAUGGUAAAUAUAGGUUAGUUCAGGAUCUGAGAGCUAUAAAUAAUAUAACCAAGGAUAUGCACCCAGUGGUGGCAAACCCCUAUACUUUGUUAACAUCUGUGUCUGAAAGAUUUCAAUGGUUUACAGUAAUUGAUUUAAAAGACGCUUUCUUCUGCAUCCCUCUGGCAUUUGAAAGUAGGAAAUAUUUUGCAUUCGAGUGGGAAGACCCUGACUCUGGCCGGAAGAAACAGCUUACUUGGACACGACUUCCGCAAGGAUUCAAGAAUUCCCCCACAAUAUUUGGGAACCAGUUAGCCAAGGAAUUGGAGGAAUGGAAAACAACACAGGUAAAAGAAUCUCCCUUUUCUCAUGUAAUACUUCAAUAUGUAGAUGACAUUUUCCUGGCCACAGAAGAAAGGGACAUUUGCCUAAAUUUAACUAUAAGCUUAUUGAACAUGCUAGGCCAGGCUGGAUAUCGGGUCUCGAAAGAAAAGGCCCAACUCAUCCGGACAAGUGUGUUAUAUUUGGGCUGUGAAAUAACACAAGGAGUAAGGCGAUUAGGAGCAAAUAGAAUUGAAGCCAUCUGCACCAUACCUAUUCCCCAAAAUCAUCAGGAACUAAGAUCCUUUCUAGGAAUGGUAGGAUGGUGCCGGCUGUGGAUCCCAAAUUUCGGACUCCUGGCCAAACCCUUAUAUGAGGCACUAAAAGAGACACGGUUACGGUGGGACAAUCCACAGCAGAAUGCAUUCCAAGGGCUAAAGCAUGCACUAAAAGAAGCCCCGGCAUUGGGACUACCUGAUUUAACUAAGGACUUUCAAUUAUAUGUAAAUGAGAGACAGAGACUGGCUUUAGGAGUACUCACGCAAAAGUUGGGAUCAUGGAAGCGUCCGGUCGGCUAUUUUUCGAAACAACUAGAUGCAGUCAGCUCUGGAUGGCCGUCCUGUUUGCGAGCCGUGGCAGCUACUGUACUAUUGAUUCAGGAAUCAAGAAAAUUGACUUUGGAAGAAGGCGAAUUGACCCACGACUGUGUGGAAGUCAUUGAACAAGUCUUCGCUAGCCGCACUGACCUGAAAGACGUGCCAUUGGAGUCUCCGGACUGGGAACUGUUUACAGAUGGAUCCAGUUUCGUCGAGAAUGGGACCAGUGAGCAGGAAGAAGGCGAAUUGACCCACGACUGUGUGGAAGUCAUUGAACAAGUCUUCGCUAGCCGCACUGACCUGAAAGACGUGCCAUUGGAGUCUCCGGACUGGGAACUGUUUACAGAUGGAUCCAGUUUCGUCGAGAAUGGGACCAGUCUGUAUAAAGAACAAUCCCGUAGUAAGGAAGCAGAUUCAAUUAGGAAAAUUACAGUCCAUGACAUCCAACCAGGAGAUCGGGUGUAUGUAAAGAACUGGAGCGCGGACCCCUUGAAGGAAUCAUGGGAGGGUCCACGUCAGGUGAUUAUGACAACCUUCACGGUGGCAAAAGUCGAGGGCAUCAACAACUGGAUCCACUACACCCGGAUCAAGAAAGUCCUUACUCAUUGGGAAGUGCAGCCACUGUCUUCCACCAAGAUGGUUAUUCGAGCCAAACCCACCGACCCAAGGCCUACAUCUUAA